AUGUCCGCAUCUUCGUCUUCGGUCAAAACCAUCAUCAUCACAGGAGCAUCGACCGGGUUUGGGGCGUUGGCAGCGCGACUACUGGCACAACGCGGACAUAUUGUCUACGCGGGUGUAAGACAUCACGAGGAGGCCGAGAUCGCAGCGGCUCGGGACUUUGCAUUUCAGAACAAAGUCGCGCUACGCACGGUGCUCCUCGACGUGACAGAUGAAGCGGCUGUCAACGCCGCAGUCGAGCAGGUCCUCGGCGAGCUCGAGGCCGAAAACAAACCCCAGACGAUCGACGUUGUGAUGCACAAUGCCGGGCUAGGCUCGAUUGGCCCUGCCGAAGCAUGGACACCGCAAGAGAUGAUGAAGUACUUCGACAUCAAUGUCCUGGGUGCACAACGAGUCAAUCGUGCUGUGCUUCCACACAUGCGCCGAGCUGGAAAGGGACUGUUGAUCUGGACGUCGAGCUCGAGCACCAGAGGUGGCACUCCGCCUUUUCUAGGGCCGUAUUUCGCAUCCAAAGCGGCGAUGGACUCGCUGGCGAUCACGUAUGCGGGCGAGUUGACGAAAUGGGGCAUUGAGACUUCGAUUGUGAUUCCUGGCGCGUUCACGACCGGGACGAAACAUUUCGAGAACAUGGGGAAGCCGAGGGAUGAGGCUGAGGUGGGGAAGCAGUAUGUGGAGGGUCCUUACAAAGGGGUGUCGGAGAGGAUCAUAGACGGUCUGAUGGCGAUUACUCCUAAAGACGCAGAUCCGGCGGACGUGGCGAGAGCAAUGGUGAGGCUGGUGGAUACACCGCAUGGGGAGCGACCUUUGAGGGUGCAUGUUGACCCUGUUGGCGAUGGGGCGGAAAUUGUCAAUGCAGUCGCUGACAGAGUCAGAGCUGAGCUCUUGAGACGUAUAGGGCUUGAAGAUGUUCUGAGACCUAAGAUCUAG